UGGCGGGUAGUACGUCUUCGAGGUCAUUAUGUCCAAUGUUAAACCGAAGAGUGUGUCGGAUAUAUUUUGUGAUGCACAUGCUUUGCAUGUAGUUGACACAAGCAGAGCCAAAGACGGAGUGUGGUUAGUCAAAGUUCCAAAGUAUUUAGCUGAACUUUGGCAUAAUGCUGGCCCUGAUGGUGUAGUUGGGAAAGUUGUGAUCGCAAGUUCAACUAGUGCAUCUCAAAAUGGCAACAAAGGCCCAGGGUCACAAGUCACUCUUGUUACGGAUUCAGAACUAUUAAAUCAAGUCGGAGAGUCCGGAAAUCUGAUACCAAAAGAACAUCAGUUUCUGAUUCAAACUUCUGCAUCAUCAAAUAGUACACCUGGGACUGCUCGCCCAGGUCAAACUACUCCAAGUUCGACAGCUCAAAGGCGUCCUGGGACUAUAUCUGGACAAGAACUCAUAAUUUUAUGUGAAGACGACCUUGGAUGUGCUCAAACCAACUCGUUUCCGUCUUCGACGACCAACACAACUUUAAUUUCCUCUGCAGCCCCACAUUCUCCAUUCUCAAAUAAACCGUACUCCCGUUACUCUCGGCGACUAUCUUUGUUUGGUCGUGUUAAUAGUAGAGCUGAAUGCAGACCGCCACCCAAUACAAGAUAUAUGAUGCUCAAAGCUCAACAGCUCAAAGCAAAGAAUCGGCCGCGACAUGAAGUCUGUCUCCUUUAUGAACCAGUAAGAAACUACAAACCAGUUUCCAAUCAUGUCAACAAUAUCGAGUAUGAAAAUCGGAAAAAGGUCGAGGGUAAAAAUCUUAGACGUGAAAAAGAAGACGUUUUGCAGGAUUUGUUCAAAGCUUUCGAAAGACACCAAUAUUACUCUAUUAAAGAUUUGGUUGUACUUACUAAGCAACCAUUGGUAAGCAUCUACAUGAUUUACUUUCUAUAUCUUUGUUAGUUUCAGUUAGCUUUAUUCAUAAUCCUGAUCAAAUUCAAAAUACGCUGAUACCGUAAAAUCUACUAACAUGUAUCACGUCCGAUGAUUGGUCGCAUAUGUCUCAUUGUCUUUUGCUUAUAACUAGUCAAAAUCCUCAGUAAUGAUUGGUUAAGACUGUUCUUUUAUUAUAUCCAUUAUUUUUAGAUGUUAGAUUAAUUCUGUCAAUUUAUUGUACAUAUAAUCACCGAUGUGUUUUUACCCUUAACCUUCUUUUGUUUAUCUUGCAUUUACAAGUAAAAGCACCAUCAUAAAAAUGAAUUUCUGCCGAUAACCAUGGCAGGAUUCAAGAAAGGAAGAACAAAAAGACGGCAAUUAACAACCGAGAAAGUCAAAGUAUAAUCUGGAUACACCAAAGCAAACAAGCAAGUAAAGAGAAGGAUUAGAGCUGACAAACAGAAAUACGCAGAAGACCUGGUAGCGACAGUGAAAGAAGCUGCUAAAGAAGAGAAUAUGAGACAACCAUAUGACAAAACGAAGAAACGAGCAGGGAAAUAUAGUUAACCAGAGCAACUAGUCAAGGACAAAGAAGGCAAACCAAUCACUGAGAUUCAAGAAUAGAGGAACAGUGGGUAGACCACUUUGAAGAACUCUUGAAUAGUCCAGCCCCGCUGAACCCACCGGACAUCGAAGCAUUACAUAUAAACCUUCCUAUAGCUGUCACUCUAACAACGAUCAAAGAAAGCAGCAGGACCUGACAAUAUACUAGCUGAAGCAGUGAAGUCGGAUAUAUCAGGCGGUCUAUUUGAAUAUCUCGGCCUACCUGUCCCUGCCAUCUGGAUAUUUCAACAAGUUAUCUGUUUUCUUGUUUGUUUUAACGCAUCAUUAUGCCCAUUAGUCUCAUAACCUAAUCAGGUGUGUUUGUGAAAAGUUUACUAUAUUUCGCUGUACAACUUACGAAAGAGCCUAAUCAGAGACAUCGUGGUUGCUGGCAAUAUGUUUCGAAAAGAAUAUACAUUAUUCAGAUGUCGAUUCCUGCUAGCAUCUAACUGACGACCACUCAAUAUUUAUCGCGAGGAUCGGUCAAGAAAUAAGGAAAGAAAACUUAUUGAAAUACUUUGUGCUGAGAAUUCUAUAUUGUACCAAAAAUAUAAUAUUGAAUAAAGCCACUAAUAAUAAUAAUUGCGAGGAGGAAAAAAUGCUAACAGACUAGAAAAAAGAAUAUCUCAUCAAGAUUCCAAAGGAAGAAAAUCUAAGCAAAUGUGAAAACUACAGAGGCAUCACACUACUAUCUGUACCAAGAAACGUUUCUAACAAUGUGUCGAUGGAUCGACUGAAGAAUUCAGUAGACAUCCAGCUUCGAGAUCAGCAGGCCGGAUUCCGUAAGAGUCGGUCGUGCACAGAUCAAAUCGCAACACCAGAAAUCAUCGUUGAACAACCAGUUAAACAGAACUCAUCACCGUACAUCAACUUCCUUGACUGUGAGAAGGAGUUUGACAGUAUGGAUAGGAGAAACUUAUGGAACCUUCUUCGACACAUGUGUAACUAAGAAGAUCGCUAAAAUCAUUCUCUUUCUUUUGGUGGUUGACCGAAUUAUAAAGACCUUCACAUCUGAGGGUAAGCACGGAAUAUAAUCAACAGCUUGCAUGCAACUAGACGGUUUGGACUUCUCAGAUGACCUAGCCCUUAUAUUCCAUACAUUACAGCAAAUGCAGGUCAAAGUAACUAAUGUAGCAUAAGCCUCUACAUCAGUAAAUCCCAACGUACACAAGGGAACAAGCAAGAUUAACGUUAGAUCCACAUCUCAUUGACGUAUUGAAAUAUAAAGUAAGACUAAAUCCACAACAUAACGCCGUUGAAGUAGAUGCAAGGUAUUUAAUUUGUUUUGAAACCUAGACUUGUCGUUCAUGUACUCUCACGUUGCAAAUAUUAAUCUGGAAACAUUCACGUAACUAAUUAAUUUGUUUCGUUAGUUUUCUGUAAACUAAAAUAUUUCGUUUCAGUUUUUGACGUGUAUGAUAUCUUUUUUUUUAUUUUCAGGCCUAUCUUACAGAGAUACUGAAAGAAAUUGCUAUCUUUAACACUCACAUUCCACACAAAAAUAUGUGGGAGCUGAAACCUGAAUACAGACAUUACACACAGCCUGAGACUAAAACUGAAUCUAACAUGGAACAAACCAUGUGAACGUACAUCAAUUUGUAAAUUAAUAAAAGCGUUCUUUCCUGUAAUUGUUUUUACCUUAACUCAUUAUUUAAUUUUCGUAAUUGUUUCCACUGUUUAAAUAAUGCUUUAACUAACUGUUUGUAUCCAUCUGCCUUCAAAAUCCAAUUUGAAAAGUUCUCGAUUGCUUUAUGUUUAAAUCUGCCACCACAAAAUGUUGGAAGUGUAUAUAAGCUAGCUUUCAAAUACCAGGUCGGGUUUAUUUCUUACUUCAAUAACGUCCUCGUUAACCACUAGAUGAUACAGCCCAAAGAAGUAUUGCAACCAAAUUUUCUGUGAACUCAAAGUGCUCUCCGUUUGCUAGACAAAACUGUUCCGUGAACAUAUCUUAGAAAAGGGUUUUGUCGUUCUCAACGCAUUAUACAAAACAUCCAGUAAAAAGCAUGAAACCACCAACGCGUUGCUGAAAACCAGGAGUUAGAUUAGUGUUCUUGUCCACCAUCAUCAUCCUUCCCUUAGCAUUAC